AUGUCAACAUCAAAUGCGCUUCAAACAGCUCUCGAAUUCAAAGAAGAAGGAAAUCAACUCUUGAAAAUCGGCACCAAUCUCCCACAAGUCAUUUCCCUCUACACCAAAGGUUUAAAAACACUCAAGAAAGCAACACAAGUUGAUUCAGAUCAAAAGAAUAAGAUUCUAGUUGAUCUGUAUAAUAAUCGAUCACAUGUUUAUUAUUUGAUGGGUAGUUUUUAUAAUGCUGUUCCAGAUGCACAAAAUUCAUUGGAAAUUGAUAAAGAAAAUGUCAAGUCACUAUUGAGAUUAGUUAGAGCAGCUAUCAGAGUUAACGAGUACUCAAAAGUGAUUGAAAAUUGUGAAAAGGCAGAAUUGUUGUUAAUGGGCAACUCGACAGAUUCUUCAAUUCUUACAAAGAAUGUUGAAAUAUUUAGAGAAUUUAAAGAAAAAGCACAAAUUGGUAAAGAAAAUCAUGAGAAAUUUAUGAAAGUUUUUCAAUUACUGGAAGAAAAGGAUAAUGCCCAAGUGAGGGAAAUUCUCGAUACAUUCAAUGAGGAUAUCAGUUUAGUUUGUGAUCAUCAUGGAGAAUCCUUCUUACAUUAUGCAUCCAGAAGUGGAAAUUUUGAAAUGGUCAAGUAUCUAUUGGAAGAAAAGAAGAUUUUCAUUGAUAUGCAAAAUUACAGAAGUGCCUCUCCAUUGUACUAUGCUGCCUAUUCAGGAUUUCCUGAGAUUGUUGAAUAUUUGAUGGAAAUGAGAGCCGACCCAACUCAUGCUUCAUCAUUCUCAGGUAGGAAACCUCAUGAGGUCUGCAGUUCUGGUGAGAUGAAGGGAAAACUCACUCAAUACUUUACAAAAUUUGAAAGUAUUAAGAAGGAUCCAUUCUAUAAUUUCAAAUAUAGAAUGGGAGAGUAUUGGAGACAGAAUUUAUUCUAUUUCCGUCAUCCUAAUGCUGAAGGUUAUUUUCAAGGACUUCAAGUUUUUCCAAAAGCAAGAGAAAUUGUUGUCAAUUCAGACAUUCAAGAAUUAUUGAAAGUUGUCAUUGAAAAAAGGAGUGAAUAUGACAGUUUCUUUACUGAUGAUAGAAAGAAUCAAGCUCAUGAUGAAUGUCUCUUGUGUAAUGAAAUUGUUGAAAAUUGUGCUAAAUGUAAAUUUUGCAGAAUGGUCAAUUUGUGCACCAAGUGUGAAAAUAGCUCAGAUCAAUCGAUUACCGUGAUGAAGACUAUUCAUCAGAAUAAUUGCAAAUCAGGAAUGUAUUUCUAGAAAUAAAAGAUUUACUGAAAUUCAUUUUC